AAAAGGUGUCAGUAGAGAUAUAAACAUUGCUAUUUACUGUACGGAUUUUGUUCCAACAGGUUUAUGGUGGAGCCAGUCUUUAGUCUGUCUUGUAUUCUUAUCUGGUACGCCCACACAGUAAAAUAUGACUUAUGAUUGGCUGCUUUUGGUCAAGAAAACGACUGCUAACUUCCACGUAAGGAGUCGAACUGUUGUUAAGUUCAGUACAAUUAAAGGUGUGGUAAAAGUGUUUGCCUUAAGACUUUGUGCCAUGUCUCAAGUGAUGGACCAUGGUGCUGGUUCCCAAGGGGAUCAUGUGGAUGCCAAAGGAGUGCCUGCACAAAGGCCAUUGUGUCCCUCUUUGCCACAUUUCUCUACAGAGGAUAAUAAAAUGGAUGCUACGCCUUCAGCGGAUGUGUACAAAUAUAAUAUGAACUACCCAAGCAUUGGGCAGUGCGUCAUUAUCAACAACAAGAACUUUGACAAAAUCACAGGGAUGAGUUGUCGCAGUGGAACAGACGUGGAUGCAGCGCAUGCAAUGAAAUUGUUCACUGGUUUGGGGUACAAAAUUAAGUUUGUCAAUGACCAGUCAGUGAAACAGAUACAAGAUCUGCUUCUGAAAGUUUCUCAAGAAGACCACAGCCAAUCGGCCUCCUUUGUGUGUGUUUUGCUGAGCCAUGGUGAGGAUGGGGUGCUCUAUGGCACAGAUGGCAUAGUACAACUCAAGAAACUCACCUCACUUUUCAAGGGUGAUUGCUGCAAAACAUUGGUGGGCAAGCCCAAGCUCUUUUUCAUUCAGGCAUGCCGUGGCAGUGAGCUGGAUGGUGGCAUAGAGACAGACAGUGUUGCUAAUGACUCCCAAGAAAGGAUUCCUGUGGAGGCAGACUUCUUGUACGCUUAUUCUACAGCCCCAGGCUAUUACUCCUGGAGGAACACCCAGAAUGGCUCCUGGUUCAUGCAAGCCCUCUUUAAAAUGUUUCAACAAUAUGGAAAAACAUUGGAGGUCAUGCAGAUCAUGACACGUGUCAACCACAUGGUGGCACUCAACUUUGAGUCAUCCUCCAGCACACCUGGCUUCUCAUGCAAAAAACAGAUCCCUUGCAUUGUUUCUAUGCUGACCAAAGAGCUCUACUUCCCAAGUUAAUUAUUAUUACGAUCGAAAUGCAAAUCCUGUUGGAUAAUUUUAGCUCUGUGCACAAUGUUUAACUGGACUACUAAAGACCAGUAAGUAAUUCAAAGAGGUAAUGGGACCAAUCUAAAAGGGAAACAAAAGGUUUGAUGACACAAUUUUAUUAGGCGACCCAAAAAGAAAACAUGGAAGAAAUAUUUUUUGGAGAGGCAGGCAUUAAUAAGCACUGAUUAUGCAAGUACUUGCUAUUAAUUUCAUGUCCUUGUAUUUAUAAUGGAACUAUGUGUUAAAUUACAGUAAUGAAUCACUAAAGCUUUAAAAGCCAUGACUAUGUUUUAUAGAAUUUAUUACUGGCUUUUUGUUUUGCAAAUUGUACAUUCAAGAGGCUUAACAUGAAUUGGACACAAAAAUAAACUAGCUUUUAUUAUUGCUUA